AUGAUGAUCUUCGCUGUAAAAGCCGGCAGGACUGCGAGUGAGGCCGAUGGCUUCCUCACAGUCGAUGGCAAGAACGAAAUUGACGUGCCGGUCCCUCCCUUUUUAACAGCUCUCGGUAGGGAGCUGUUCAACUAUUUCUACGUGUAUCAACUGGCCGCCGCAUGGCUGCCGAUAUUCUGGGAGUACAUCACCUAUGGCAUAGUCCUGCUCAUACUCUCCUUGGCGAGCGCAAUCGCUAAGGUGUUCACGGAGCGGCGCCAGAGGUUUGAGCUGAGAGAUAUGGCCAGGGUGACUGGAAAUGUGUGGGUGAAAAGAGAUGAUGAAUGGCAGAGGCUCACCAGCGACCUACUCGUACAGGGGGACGCGGACGAUUCGGAUUAUGAGGUUGGGCUACUGUCGGUUGAUGCCAUGAUUAUCAGUGGCAACGCAGUGUGUGAUGAGAGCUUGCUCACUGGAGAGACUAUGCCCAUUCAGAAGUUUGAGGUGCCUUCUAUUGACGAUGAGCCGGAAGUUAUGGACAUCCCUCGAGAUCCAAGAACAGAGAAUAAGAAACAUUAUGUAUUUGCUGGGACCAAGCUGCUGUCGGCCUCGGGAGCAUCCAAAAUCGAUCUCCCUGAAUCCUCGACCGGCAAGGGUUGCCUGCUGAUCGUCACCCAUAGAGCAUCUGAUAGCCUACGUGGUCGACUGCUCCGAACGUUGCUGUUCGGUGCACCGGUGUCCGCCACGUGGAUUAGAGAGAUCUGGACGGUUCUCAUCAUACUCUUCGUCUUGGGCAUAAUUGACUUCAUAAUACUGAACGCCAAAUACGACUUUAAUCUGGGCAGCAUACUAAACGCGUGCACGGCUGUCAUCGGGAUGAUCAGUCCGUUGCUGUCGAUAGCCAUACUCGGGGGGCAACUCGCAUCUGCGGCAAGACUGAGAGCUGGGAAUGCGAAGAAAAAGAGGAUACCACUGUUGUGGCGGUGUCGUUCGAGGAGGAUCGAGACUGAGGAAGCAUUCAAAUCUUGUGAUGACGAGGAAGAGGGUGACAUCGGCGGCAAUUUGCGCGUCCAUUGUCGGGAUGUGGCGAGACUUACACUCACUGGGCGCGUGACGCAGAUGUGCUUUGAUAAAACGGGGACUCUCACCAAAACGGGCUUGGACUUCCUUGGGAUUGUUAACUUUGAGGAGGCGGAGUCGUUGGUACUGCCGCACAUGGUGUACUUUGGUCGCCGCAAUCAGGAAGGGCACAUUGAUGGUUCGAUGGCUGUUGGUUUAGCGCUCACUCAAACGGUUAGCGUUCUCCCUGAAAACGAGCUCAUCGGGAGCCAGGUUGAGCUCCGUAUGGUUGAAGCUGCUAAGGUACUGGGUUGGGAGUAUGAUGCAGACUUGAAGACUGCUCGUGAGCCCAAUGGUGGUCGUCGUUGGAGAGUUGAUAAGCAGCAUACCUUCGACCAUCACAGUAUGACGAUGAGCGUUGUGGUCACUGAUCAGGGCAGUGGGGAAUCAUACGUAUUCUGCAAGGGCUCUCAUGAGGCCAUCUUGGAUAGAUGUGGAUCUAUCGGGGAAGCUCUGAGGAGCAAGGCGAUGUUGACAGCGGAGAAGUAUGCCUCCCAGGGUUGUUAUGUAUUGGGCAUUGCAACUAGGCGUGUGUCUGGAAACGAGGGGUUGACACUAUCACGACAUGAACUGGAGGAUGAUCUAGAGCUACUGGGGCUGUUGUUAUUCCGCAAUGAAGUGAAGCCAGACUCGGCCCGGUACAUCGACGUACUAAAGACGGGUGGGGUGGACAACGUUAUGAUCACCGGUGACUCGGUCUAUAACGGUGCGGCUGUGGCACGGAAAGUCGGGAUCAUCCCCCAUGGCUAUCGGGUUGUCAUUGGUGAUGUCGUAUCAUCACGAGAGGUCCGAUGGGCGGAUCUGGAAACGCAGGAGGAAGUGGAUGAGGAGAGCUUCUUCGGCAAGGGCAGUGCUGAUGAGGGGCGGCCCACUAGCCUCUGUGUCACGGGAGCAUGCUUCUCGGAGUUGGCACGGGAGAAUCGCCUCGUUUCACCUGGUCUGGUGGACUGUAGUUGUGCCCGUAUACGGGUAUUUGGUCGUAUGACACCUCAUCAGAAGGUGUCGGUUAUUACAGCGUAUUCCCGUCCACCUCUGAAUCUAAUAACUGGUAUGUGUGGUGAUGGUGGUAAUGAUAGUGGAGCCCUCAGGGCCGCACAUGUAGGUCUGGCCCUGAGUGGUAGAGUCGAGGCGAGUGUAGCUGCACCAUUCAGUACGGAUAGCCCCAGUAUUGGCUCAUUGGUACUCCUACUCAGAGAGGCUCGUGCUUCUAUGUGUACAUCGUUUGCAUCGUAUCGAUUCCUGGUAGUUCGAGGUGUAAUUGGGUCGAUCGGCAAGAUGAUCCUUAUGCUCUAUGCUGGGGCUUACCUCACCCCUUUCGGUUUUAUCUAUCAAGACUUGGUCAUGAACCCCUUGUUGCUUUGGGCACUUUCCAUGUCGAAACCGUCCAAAACCCUGGCCCGAGUGCCUCCUGAAGGAAGCCUGCUUGGCCCAAUGAUGGUCAUGUCUGCAUCGUUGACGAUAAUUAUUGGUGUGAUAUUCCUAUUAGCAGCUUUCUUCAUCCUCUUUAGUAACGAUGGAGAGGAGUGGUUUGCACGAUUCGAUGGCUCUAAUAGUGAGGUCCGGGAGUGGCAGAAGCGAUCGGACAACUUUGAGGCGGCUCUGACGUGGUUGUGGCUCUCGUGGAUUACAUUCGAUACCGCAGUUUGCUAUUCUUAUGGAGAUGUUCAUCGAAGGCCGGUGUACCGUAAUUUGACUCUAGUGUUUGUUGUACUCCUUACUGGUAGCNNNNCUCUUUUGUUGGGUUUGUGA